AUGGCGUUUUUCUCCGCAACUGCAACCGUUCCUCAAAACCUCACCUUCGUUUCCUCUACCAAGCUCUCAUCUUCUUCUACGUCGUCGUUUAACUUCCUUUCAUUUCCCUCAUCUCAAUCCAACUUCUGCAAAACCAUCACCGCCUCUCCUCAAUUUCCACGCGCCCACGCGCUUCCUUCUUCCGCAGUUACAACCACCGCCUCAUCCUUCCAUGGUCUCUGCUAUGUCGUCGGCGACAACAUCGACACUGAUCAGAUCAUUCCCGCCGAACAUCUUACUCUUGUCCCUUCCAAGCCCGACGAGUACGAGAAGCUCGGUUCCUUCGCCCUAAUCGGACUUCCCGAUUCAUACUCCGUCCGAUUUGUUGAACCCGGUGAGACUAAAACCAAAUACUCCAUUGUCAUUGGUGGAGCUAAUUUUGGUUGCGGAUCCUCCCGUGAGCACGCGCCAGUUGCGUUAGGUGCCUCCGGUGCUGCUGCUGUUGUGGCGGAAUCCUACGCGCGAAUCUUUUUCAGAAACUCGGUUGCUACUGGUGAGGUGUAUCCGUUGGAGUCAGAGACAAGGUUGUGUGAGGAGUGUCACACGGGAGAUGUGGUGACGGUUGAGCUCGAGGAGAAUCGGUUGAUCAAUCAUACCACUGGAAAGGAGUAUCAGUUGAAGCCGAUUGGAGAUGCUGGUCCGGUCAUUGAAGCCGGUGGUAUCUUCGCCUAUGCUAGGAAAACCGGCAUGAUUCCUACUCGAUAA